AUGGCGGAGGAUAUAGAGUCUGAGCUAGAGGCUCAGCUAGUGUCUCAGCGUGAGACCCUGGCUGGUAUUAAUGAGGCUGUCAACCUUGGAGGUGACAGCGCAGAGGAAGGGCAUGCAGAGCUGCUGCAGAUGCGUGAUGAGCUGACGGCAGCGGUGUCGGAGCUUGAAUCUGCACUUCUGGAGAUUAAGCGAGCGCGCAUCCUGCAGCAGCUUGCAGCCAGAAAUCCACCGAGCGUCAACACCCGUAACACCUUGGAUGCUGGUCCGACAGCGCCACCGCCUCCGCCUCCACAAGCCAUCCUGCCGGCGAAAGCCGGUCAAACCAUCCCAUCCGCUGCUGCCUCCCAGCCGAUUCCCGGCAGCUAUUGCCAUUUUCGAUACAUGGAUGGUCGCUGGUAUGCAGGCCGCGUCCAGGGACCUGGCCGGCAGGCUCACACCGUGUCGGUCGCAUUUGAGAUUCCCACAAGGCCCUUCAUGCUGGACCCGGUCGACGUCAUGGAAGCACUGCCCCAGGGCCCUGGCGGCGGCGGCGCUGGCGGCGGCGGGGGCGGAGAGGUGGUGGUGCCGCUGGCGUUGGUGACGCAACAUGCGCACGUGACGGCGCCGGAGGAGGCGGGGGGAAGCGGCGACGGCGGCGCUGCUAGGGAUAACGCCGGGAGCGGCGACGGCGACGGCGGCAGUAGCAGCAGUAGCAGCGUCAGUGGGCUGUUGCGGCAUGGGACUGGAGUGGCGGAGAGCAGCGAGGACGAUGGUGAUUUUGAUUCUGAGCACGAGGCGGGCUGGCCGCCGCCGCGGGUGCCCUGGACGACUCUGUCCUCCUCCUGGCUGAUUGGGAGGGGCACGGUCGGGGGGUGGCUUCCCGACUGCUGGUUCGAAUGGGCUAUGUGCGGGGGAAGGGGCUGGGGAGCCGAGUCGCACCUUCGGGCAGCUGCUUGGGAUUACGGCAGUCAGGGCCUUAUGUCCGCUCCGGAGGUGUUGCUACUACCUGAGCGGAAGGGGCUGGGGGCUGUGGACCGGGACCGAGUACGGAGGGUGGGAGGUGGCGGCGGCGGUGGAAGUGGGAAUCUCCAGGGCGGGGUCGACAAGCGGAGGAGCAGGCGAGGCGGUGUACGGCAGAAGCGCAAACGUGCCAUCCUGGCAGCGAGUGCCGCAAGGGAUGAGGCUCGGGAGGUGGAGGAGGGGGUACCCGGGGGCGGCGGAUUGUUUGAUUUCAUUAACUCGUCACUUGGGGACUCUUCCGCCGCCGCUCGAACUCGUAAGGCCCAGGUAGCACUGCUGCCGGGUAUGCCUGGCGGCGACGGCGGCGACGGCGCCGGUGCCGUACAUCAGCGCGCGGGUGCGGCGGCCAUCGCCGGCGCUGUGGCAGCUGCCUCCGUUGGCCUUGUUCGCCGACCCGUGGACCGGCGGGGUCUCAUGAGCCAUCAUGACAACGUGGCGGGAAUCCAGACCAAGCUGUCCCGACUUCAAGAGAUGUUGGGCAGACACAAAGACAACCGAGGCUUGCGUACCCAGAUCGAGGCACAAAUACGGGCCGUACAGAGCUCUUGUAAAGGUCGCAUCCGCUUCCGCCCCGCCUUAUCGCUGGUGCUGGAUUCCGAGUAUUGCGACCCCAAAAGCGCUCCGCAAGCUUCCAACAGGCCUCGGUUUCCGUUUUCGGACUGCCUAAGUCUUUGUCGCGUGUUCCCGGCAGCACCCAACACUCGUUGUGUGCUGCUGUGCCUUCAUGUCGGGUCUUUUUGCGACUCUUUGCUCGAGUCGGCCGAGUCGGCGAUCUGGUCUGUGCUUGCCUGUGGGCAGGGGGAGCUGGCGGCGGCUCAGGCGGCUACUGCGCGCGUGAGCAAGGCAAUCCACGACAAGGACGCCCAGAAGAAGUGGCUCAAGUUCUAA